AUGGACUUUAAACUCAUUUUUCUUGAUUCUUUCACAGAAAACUAAAUUUUCAUUAUGUAGAAGGGCAUAUCUAGUAACUUUGUUAGUUAUAAAAUCAAAAAAUCCUUUCUUCUUUACUGGAAUUUUGCUACCUUUAUACAAUUAGUUUUCAUCAAAACUUAAGGUGUUUCCUUUUUAUAUAUUUAAGUGGUGAUCGUGAAUUUCUUUCAUAUCAGACUAUUUGAAGUUCUCAAUUUUAAUUAUUUUUACAUUAUCAUACUGACUUAGUAAUUCUUAUAUUUGCUUAUAGUCAACCUCUUAUUUUUUUUGUUCUUCCUAAGCGUUCUUCAUUUAGAGCUCAUACUCAGUCAACUACCUUCCAAGCAAAUCGAAAUUUUAUUAUUUAGAAUCGGGUAGCUGAAUAUAAUCUUCAGAUGUUUUUCUGCUGUUGUUUCCAAUUUCAAUUUCUGGGUGAUUCUCAACAUCUUCAUGACCAAAGAGCAGUAUUCCAUUCUAUUUUUAUUCCUCUUCUCGAUUCUAUUAAUUUUCUUUAUCAUUAAUAUCAUCCUCAAAGAUAUCCAUAUCAUUAUCUAUUUUGAAAUGGUGUAUUUCGCCUUUUUUAUUUCUGUUUUCUACAAAAUUUUCUUCUAGCUGAAGAGCAUAUGA